AUGUCGUCGCGACGAGGAAGAGGACGACCAGGCAGCUCGAACCCAGACUUUCUCUGGGUCAACCGGACCCCCGAUUCUGAGAGACUGUCUGCCACCCGACAAGAACGUGAUGAACUUCGAACCAUUACUAGUCAUGCCCGUCAAUGGCGUGCGGCACUCCGUCGCCAACAGAGGCUCUACAGUGCCCAGACCGAGGCCACUCACGCACAAAGCAUCGUCGGCUGGGGGAGGCAAGGCACGCUCUCAGAGACCAGCUCCGCCGAGACCUCCGCCGCGCCCUCGCCUGCUGCAAUGACACAUCUUACGGGGAACUCUACUGAUCCGUUCACCUACCUGGAGUCGCCCGACGAUGCGUGGUGGUCACACAAUGCAUUCAGAUACGCCGUCGAGUCGUGGUUGCCGUCGGUGUUUCAAGGCUUAGGGGUGCUGGAUGGUACACUCCCAACCUCCGAGUCUACUCUUGCCACGAUCGAUCGCAUCGUGCAGGGCUGCCUCGCCAACCGAAUGCACAUGUUCUCGCUGCUCGCUGCCAGCACGGGGUUUCUCAAGUACGUGUUGAGGCUUCAGCUGGAUCGAUACGACUCCCCCGAAUACUGCAUGGGUAAAGCUCUUCAAUACCUGCGACACCACUUGGCCAGUGCCCCACAGCCCAACGAGAGUCUGAUCUUUGAUCUCAAAGCACUGUCGACGUUCGAACGCUACGUGGACAACUUCGAGGGGGCUAGGACGCAUCUACGGAUGGUUCAACACCUGGUGCAGUCACUUGGUGGCCUCGAGGUCUUGGAACCGCCCAUGCGGCUGGUCUGCUGGCUUUGGGACCUGUUGGUGGCCGGUGGCACGGGCGAGACUCCUUUGAUGCCUCUUACCUGGGAUCCCGGUUUGCUUCCACGUCAGCAAAUGCGAGAUGAAAUUCUUCCCGCUCUCGCACAAAGCGGAGUCAUCCCCAGUGGUUCCAGUCUUCUUCAGUAUGGAUCGCUGGUACAACCUGAGUUAGCGCCCAUCCUCGUCGACACCAUACAAUGGUUCCAGGUGCAUCAAUACAAUCAGAUCCAGAACUUCAGCCGAUCUCCCCUGGAGCAAUGGGCCACCAGGCGGGCACACGCCCUCGUCCAUCGUCUACUUUCCAUGCCACCGGGUUCCCCGGGUGACCGAGCACAGGGCUUACUGUCAGAGUGUAUCAAGCAGAGCUUCCUGAUUGUCAUCGCGGACCUGGAGGAAGCGAGGCAGGCCAGAGCACAGACCGAGUCCUUCAGAGACCCAAGUAAUUUCUCUUGGUUUGAUGUCAAUCGCCUCCGGCUCGCCCUCUCCGCCCUCGUGCAGUUGGAGGAAAACUGGCAGGAACAACACGAGGAAGUCAUCCUUUGGAUGGCGUGUCUUGGUGUCCAGGCGGCCGCGGCUGGGUCAACUGUGCCCACGGCUCCGUCGGCACAAGCAGCGACAGCAGGACCAUCAACAGCGCCAUUACUCAGCGAAGAGGCAAACCCUCGAGAGUGGUUUCUUGGACUAGCACGACAGAUGUUUUUCGAGUGGCGGAGCCGGACGGUUGGAUUGUCUCCGCCUGCCUCUGCAGCAGGCGAUGACUUGGUGCAGCUCAUGAGCCGCUACCUCCAUCGCUGCGAACCGUCUGGGCGGCCAGAUAUCGAUGGGCUCGAAGAGGUGCUGUCUCCGCGAUGGAACCCUGAGACACACCACACAGACCCUCUGGCGCGAGCGAGCGAGUGA